AUGGGGAAGGAGCAGGAGCUGGUGCAGGCUGUGAAGGCGGAGGACGUGGGGACCGCGCAGCGGCUGCUGCAGAGGCCGCGGCCGGGGAAAGCCAAGCUCCUGGGCUCCACCAAGAAGAUCAAUGUCAACUUUCAGGACCCGGAUGGCUUCUCUGCCCUGCACCACGCGGCCCUGAAUGGCAACACGGAGUUGAUCACCCUGCUGCUGGAGGCCCAAGCUGCCGUAGACAUCAAGGACAACAAAGGCAUGCGGCCACUGCACUAUGCGGCCUGGCAGGGCCGGAAGGAGCCCAUGAAGCUGGUGCUAAAGGCAGGCUCAGCGGUGAACAUCCCAUCAGAUGAGGGCCACAUCCCCCUCCACCUAGCGGCCCAGCACGGUCACUAUGAUGUGUCCGAGAUGCUGCUGCAGCACCAAUCGAACCCGUGCAUGGUGGACAGCGCCGGGAAGACGCCUCUGGACCUGGCCUGCGAGUUCGGCCGUGUUGGGGUGGUCCAGCUGCUCCUGAGCAGCAACAUGUGCACAGCCUUGCUGGAGCCCCGGCCGGGGGACACCACUGACCCCAAUGGAACCAGCCCCUUGCACCUGGCAGCCAAGAACGGCCACAUUGACAUCAUCAGACUCCUGCUCCAAGCUGGUAUUGACAUUAACCGCCAGACCAAGUCUGGCACGGCACUGCACGAGGCUGCACUCUGUGGGAAGACAGAAGUGGUUCGGCUGCUGCUGGACAACGGGAUCAACGCCCAUGUGAGGAACACAUACAGCCAGACGGCCCUGGACAUCGUGCACCAGUUCACCACGUCGCAGGCCAGCAAGGAGAUCAAGCAGCUGCUGCGAGAGGCCUCGGCGGCUCUGCAGGUCCGGGCGACCCAAGAUUAUUGCAACAAUUAUGACCUGACCAGCCUCAACGUGAAAGCUGGGGAUAUCAUCACAGUCCUUGAGCAGCAUCCAGACGGCCGAUGGAAGGGCUGUAUCCAUGACAACCGGACAGGCAAUGACCGGGUGGGCUACUUCCCAUCCUCCCUGGGCGAGGCCAUCGUCAAGCGAGCAGGUUCCCGAGCAGGUGCUGAGCAAAGCUCACCUCAGGGAGGCGGCUUGCCGGGACCCUCGGCACCGCCUGAAGAGAUCUGGGUGCUGAGGAAGCCUUUUGCAGGUGGAGACCGCAGCGGCAGCUUGAGCAGCGUGGCUGUUGGCCGGAGCAGCGGGGCCCACGCCCUGCAUGCGGGCUCUGAAGGGGUCAAGCUCCUGGCAACAGUGCUCUCCCAGAAGUCCAUCUCCGAGUCCAGCCCCGGGGACAGCCCCGUCAAGCCUCUGGAGGGCUCAGCAGGGGCGGCCAGGUCCCAGCCUCCAGUGGCCCACGCUGGGCAGGUGUACGCGGAACUGCCGUCCAAGAAGCUGGAGCCGGCAUCGGAGGGCAAGAGCGCUGAGGCUGUUAGCCAGUGGCUCGCCACGUUCCAGCUGCAGCUGUAUGCCCCCAACUUCCUCAGUGCUGGCUACGACCUGCCCACCAUCAGCCGCAUGACCCCUGAGGACCUCACGGCCAUUGGGGUCACCAAACCAGGCCACCGGAAGAAGAUCACGGCAGAGAUCAGCAGCCUCAGCAUCCCCGACUGGCUGCCUGAGCACAAACCCGCUAACCUGGCUGUGUGGCUGUCCAUGAUCGGCCUGGCCCAGUACUACAAGGUGCUGGUGGACAAUGGCUACGAGAACAUCGACUUUAUCACCGACAUCACCUGGGAGGACCUGCAGGAGAUUGGGAUCACCAAGCUGGGACACCAGAAGAAGCUGAUGCUGGCAGUGAGGAAACUGGCAGAGCUGCAGAAGGCAGAGUACGCUAAGUAUGAAGGGGGACCUCUGCGCCAGAAGGCGCCGCAGUCUCUUGAAGUGAUGGCCAUCGAGUCGCCGCCCCCUCCGGAGCCUGCCCCAGCUGAGUGCCAGUCUCCAAAGAUGACCACCUUCCAAGACAGCGAGCUCAGUGGUGAGCUGCAGGCUGCCCUGACUGGCCCGGCAGAGGCGGCUGCCACCCCUGCCGCUGCCGAGAAGCCCUCCAAUCACCUGCCCCCCACCCCAAGGGCCUCUGUGCGUCAGGAGCCCAGUCUGGGUGGGCGGGCACGGCAUAUGAGCAGCUCUCAGGAGCUGCUGGGUGAUGGGUUCCCUGGGCCUGGCAGCCCUAUGUCACGAAGCCAGGAGUACCUACUGGAUGAGGGACCAGGCGCUGGUACUCUGCCCAAGGAGGCUCGGCCCAGCCGCCACGGCCACAGCAUCAAGCGGGCCAGUGUGCCUCCAGUGCCCGGCAAGCCACGGCAGGUCCUUCCACCAGGUGCCAGCCCCUUCACGCCCCCCCAGACUCCCACGAAAGCUCGGCCAGGUUCCCCUCAGGCCCUGGGGGUGCCUCAUGGUCCAGCCCCGGCAACAGCCAAGGUGAAGCCCACCCCACAGCUGCUGCCACCUAUGGAGCGACCCAUGUCGCCCCGCUCCCUGCCUCAAUCGCCCACGCACCGGGGCUUUGCCUAUGUGCUGCCCCAGCCCGUGGAGGGUGAGGCAGGGCCAGCUGCUCCUGGGCCUGCCCCCGCCCCCGCCCCCGCCCCCACCCCUGUGCCCGUGCUGUGUCUGCCCCCUGAGUCCGAUGUGGAGCCAGGGCGGCCUAAGAAGCGCGCCCACAGCCUGAAUCGCUAUACAGCGUCUGACAGCGAGCAAGAGCGGGAUGAGCUGCUGGUGCCAGCCGCCGCAGGGCCCUACGCCACAGUCCAGCGGCGUGUAGGCCGCAGCCACUCAGUGCGGGCACCUGCUGGUGCCGACAAGAACGUCAACCGCAGCCAGUCCUUCGCUGUGCGGCCCCGGAAAAAGGGGCCCCCCCCACCUCCGCCUAAGCGCUCUAGCUCAGCCAUGGUCAGCGCCAACCUGGCUGAUGAGUCAGCACCUGAUGCUGAGGCCAAAGGAGCUGGGACUGAGGAUGGCCAGCUGGGGGUCCGGGCACAACGCCGACGGGCUAGUGACCUGGCUGGCAGCGUGGACACAGGCAGUGCUGGCAGUGUGAAGAGCAUUGCCGCCAUGCUCGAGCUGUCCUCCAUUGGGGGUGGGGGCCGCGCCGCCCGUAGGCCCCCUGAGGGCCACCCCACGCCUCGCCCUGACAGCCCCGAGCCAGGCAGGGUAGCAACAGUGUUGGCCUCCGUGAAGCACAAGGAGGCCAUUGGGCCUGAUGGAGAGGUGGUGAACCGGCGCCGCACGCUCAGCGGGCCCGUCACAGGACUUCUGGCCACUGCCCGCCGGGGGCCCGGGGAACCGGCCGGGCCUGCCGAUCAUGGCCACUUUGCCGAGGAUGGCACUCCCCGGCAGAGGCCUCGAGGUCCAGCCAAGGGGGAGGCAAGUGGGGAGGGUCCUCCCUUGGCCCGGGUGGAGGCCAGUGCCACGCUGAAGAGGCGCAUCCGAGCCAAGCAGAGCCAGCAGGAGAACGUCAAGUUCAUCUUGACCGAGUCUGACACCGUCAAGCGCCGGCCCAAGGCCAAGGAACGGGAGGCAGGUCCAGAGCCACCCCCAUCGCUGUCCGUGUACCAGAAUGGCACAGGCACCGUGCGCCGCAGACUGGGCUCUGAGCAAGCUGGACCCCUGGAGCUGCCCCCGCCCCCCGCGCCCACCGAGUCCCUGCCCUCCGACCUGAUGCACUUGCCCCCGCUGCCCCCACCAGACAGUGAUGCCCGGAAACCAACCAAGCCGCCUGUCUCUCCCAAGCCUGUCCUGGCUCAGCCGGUACCCAAGAUCCAGGGGUCACCCACUCCUGCCUCCAAGAAGGUGCCGCUGCCAGGCCCCAGCAGCCCAGAGGUGAAGUGUGCCCACGGCACGCCGCCGCCCGUGUCUCCCAAGCCGCCGCCGCCGCCCACGGCGCCCAAGCCGGUCAAGGCCGCCGCGGGGCUGCAGUCAGGCAGCGCCAACCCGUCGCCCACGCCCUCGCCGGCGCGCCAGCCGCCCGCUGCCCUCGCCAAGCCAGCCAGCACGCCGCCCUCGCUGAGCGCCAGCCCCGCCAAGCCCCCGUCUCCGAGCGCGCCCGCGCUGCACGUGCCCGCCAAGCCGCCGCGCGCCGCAGCGGUCGCGGCCGCUGCAGCCGCGGCCUCAGGGCCCCCUGCCGCACCCGAGGGCGCCUCGCUCGGGGACAGCGCCCAGCAGAAGCUGGAGGAGACGAGUGCGUGCUUGGCGGCAGCGCUGCAAGCAGUGGAAGAAAAGAUCCGGCAGGAGGACGCUCAGGGCCAGCGCCCCUCUGCCUCGGAGAAGAGCACGGGCAGCAUCCUGGACGACAUCGGCAGCAUGUUCGAUGACCUGGCGGACCAACUGGACGCCAUGCUGGAAUGAUGUGGCACAUGUUGGGCCCACCUAUGCUGCCUGGGCUCUGGCCGCACACUGACCUUUACCUCAGGAUGGGCAUUUCUGGGCGCAGCGCAAGU